AUGUCACGGUCACCGGAUGAUCACAGAGAUAGCCAUAGAAAGAGGUCUCGUCCUCAAUCCGACUACGACGACAACAAUGGCGGAAGCAAAAGGAGACACCGCAGCGACGACAGAGAUUCACACUCACACUCACACUCGCAUUCGCAUUCGCAUUCACUAGUCAUCGAUCGUGACGAUACUGUAUUCCGAUACCUCUGCCCGGUUAAGAAGAUCGGGAGCGUCAUCGGCAGAGGAGGUGAUAUCGUCAAGCAAUUGAGAACGGAGACCAGAUCGAAAAUCAGAAUCGGCGAGGCGAUUCAAGGAUGCGACGAGCGCGUGAUCACGAUCUAUUCCCCUAGCGACGAGACUAAUCCCUCUGGAGACGAAGAGAAAGUUCUCUCUCCCGCGCAGGACGCGUUGUUCAAGAUCCAUGACAGAGUGGUCGCAGAUGAUGCGCAGAGCGACGACGGGAGCUCUGAAGGAGGAGAGCAGCAAGUCACCGCAAGGCUGCUCGUUCCUUCUGAUCAGAUUGGAUGCAUUCUCGGGAAAGGUGGCCAGAUCGUGCAGAAUAUCCGGAGUGACACUGGUGCUCACAUUCGCAUCAUCAAGGACCGAAACAUGCCUCUGUGUGCCUUGAAUUCUGAUGAGCUCAUUCAGAUAUCUGGAGAAGUGCUCAUUGUUAAGAAGGCUCUACAUGAGAUUGCAUCACGCCUUCAUGGAAACCCUUCACGCACUCAGAACCUACUCUCUUCUGCGAUGGCCGCCGGGGGAUAUCCUGCUGGCUCACUCAUGAGCCAUGCGGGUGGUGCUCGGCUCGUAGGGAUAGCACCGCUGAUGGGCUCCUAUGGGGGAUACAAAGGUGAGGCUGGAGAUUGGUCACGCCCUUUGUACCAAGCUCCUAGAAACGAGGCGCCGGCAACGGAUUUCUACAUUCGGCUGGUUUCACCAGUUGAGAACAUUGCGAGUGUUAUUGGUAAAGGCGGUGCUCUGAUCAAUCAGCUUCGGCAGGAGACUAGAGCAACCAUUAAAGUUGAUAGCACUAGAACUGAAGGGAACGAUUGUUUGAUAACUAUAUCAGCAAGAGAGGUUUUUGAGGAUGCGUAUUCUCCAACCAUAGAGGCAGUUAUGCGGCUGCAACCAAAAUGCAGCGACAAGGUGGAGAGAGAUUCUGGACUUGUUUCGUUCACCACUCGUCUUCUGGUGCCAAGUUCUAGGAUUGGUUGUAUUCUUGGCAAAGGAGGAUCUAUCAUAAGUGAGAUGAGACGAAUGACCAAAGCUAACAUCCGUGUACUCGGGAAGGAAAAUCUUCCGAAAGUUGCAUCUGAAGAUGAUGAGAUGGUUCAGAUUUCUGGAGAACUUGAUGUUGCCAAGGACGCUCUCAUACAAAUUACAUCGAGAUUAAGAGCCAACGUUUUUGACCGGGAAGGGGCUGUUGCUGCACUCAUGCCGGUCUUGCCUUAUGUUCCUGUUGCACCAGAACAUGCUGAUAGAUUAGACUAUGAUAGUAGAGAUAGCAGAAGACCUGAACGCAGGAAUCAUUAUGGUUCAAGUGGAUUGCCUGCUGAAGGUUAUUCGUCUUAUGGUGCGCCGGUUGGUGGUAGUAGUAGUACUCCAUAUGGAGUGUAUGGAGGUUAUGCAUCUGGACGCAGUGGCAGUUCUGGGUUAUCCAGCCAUUCCUCGAGCCAUCGUCGCAGAAACCAUGAUUACUAG